AUUUUACUACUUUAUCUUAUAUUACGCGUUUUUCUUCUUAUAAUCAUGAUUGGCAAAAGAUUAGGAGAACAAAAUGAAAAUGUGUUCCCAUUAUCAAUAAAGAGAUCAAAAGCAGUAUGGGAAACUGCACUUUUUGAACUUAGUGGUAUUCUAACAAAAGCUCAUGAACCAGUCUCAGUAAUUACGAUAAAGGGAUGUCAAAGAUAUACAUAUAUAGAAGAAAUAACAAAGCUUUUUAAUUUAUCUGCAAGUAUGAAUCCUUAUAUGAGUGAAAACGAAAUUUGUAUUUCUUCUUAUGUACCUUUAAGUACGUUAAAUAACGUUGUUAGAGAUAAUAAGACAUCCAACAUCAUGUCUAUUAUUCCUGAAGGCAAAAUAGUUGAAUAUAGUAAAUUAAGAUGUUUUCUAACUGUAAAUAGGAUAGCAGGUAUAGUUUCACAUGCUAAUAUGCCUACAGUCGCUUUUGUUAUCUUGCCAUGUUCUGAAUUAAAACAACUUGAUUACAUCAGUGAAUGUAAAGAAACAGAGCUUAAAGCCAGUGCAUAUAAUGAUCUAUGUGGUAUUUAUUUACGUAAUUUACCAAGGAGACCAAAAAGUAUGGAUAAUUCAAUAGAAUAUCAUAAUGUAUAUGAUGUUAAAAAUGAUGAAACUUCAUCAAAUAUGCUCUUUACGUGGGACAAAGUUACAUCUUACUUGAAGUUUCCAGAUGAGUUAAAAGAAUUAAAGACGACAUCUAAAUUCUAUAUUAUUGGAAAUUCUCAUACAGCUUCACAACUGAAAUGGGCCAUCAACAAUAUUAAACAAUAUUAUAAUCCUUCUAAAUCUCAUUCACCAGACAAGCCGGUUAAUAUCAUGAUGUUUGAUAGACAGGAUAACUCAUUAUUUAACAAGAGAAUGUUGACCCAUAAAAAACACAAGGAAACACAGAUAUGGGAAUACGGAUUCUCUGAUAGUGAUCUGAGUAAUGAAAUCAUUCCUCCUUGUCAAGUAUUCCCAAAUGACACAGGAGGAUAUAUCACUACCGAUAUCCAAAAUAUAAUCCAUAAUCCAUCGAUAAUGAGUGUUAUCGACACUCAAAUCAAAUUACUUAAUGAGCAUUCUCCUGUCAUUAACAAUAACGGUGGUUGGAACUUUAUAUUGCCAUACAAUUUUAUACAUCAUUUGAAUGAAGCUAUGAAAACUGCAGGUUCUAUUGAAAAGGUCCAAAUGGCUAUUAUUGCAAUUGCUGUUGCACUAAGUAAAAAUAUAAUUCAAAUUAUUCGCAUAUGGUCUACUGAAACGAUCGUAAGUUCAAGCUUACUUCAAUCCUUUAUACUUAUAGAGAGAUGCAAUUAUAAAAAUUCGCAAUAUUUUGGAUAUAUUGAUGAUAUCCAUUCUAUUCCAGAAAAUAUAAGAGAUCAACAUUUGUCCAUUGACUUUAUAAGGAGUGAUCAGAUUUUCUCAACAUACAAAUGAAGAAUUUAGAUACUAUUUUCUUUAUAUGCGAGAUAGCUUUUCUUCCUCCUCCCGCCUAUUCUAUAUGUAACUAAGCUCACACUUUCAUAAACAUACAUUUUUAUCUGUAUAAAUUAUCAUAUGAAUUUAAUACACGCCUAUAUAAAUGAUAUAUGCUGUAUUUUAUUUGGUGAAUCUAAUUAAAU